UAUGAAAAGUCUACUGGGUCGCGAAAUGAUCACUUAAAAAUCCGAGAAAAAGGCUUUUCUUUUCCGCUCCGGUGGCAUCAAUUGUCAUUGUUUGUCCAAUCAAGCACGACGAUGCGGGGGGCAACGUUGGUGACAAUUUUACUUCUCCAGAUUUUCAUCUUACUGCCGCUCCAGGGAGUCGGAGCUGUUACGGAGUUUGACCAAGCAGCCACAUCGAGAAGUCUUAAGCAGGAAGCUGGACAAAGACAUGAAGUGCAUUGCUCUAGAGAGAGGAGUAGGGCAGCCUGGAAAGCCAUUGCGGAGUAUUUGAUACCCUUUGUGGAUGAGGAACAAUAUGAGCUUCCAAAAAAAUGUAGGCUGAACCCGGAGAACGAUAUGUUUCGAGAUCAAGAACAACACAAAAUCCAUGUGGAUACAAAUGAGUGGCGCUGUGGCUUUUGCAGGAAAAGCUUUCGUGCUGAAAAAUUCCUGGAUCAGCAUUUUGACAACCGACAUUAUAAUCAGCUUAAUGAUAGUCAAGGUCGAUGCCUGGCAGAUUUAUGUGGAGCACUGCAUUGUGACUUCGUGAUUGAUUCCAAGAAGACAAAGACUAAAUGUAAUCCUGCAGCUGCGGCAAGGAACCGACAUCUUUGUGAGAGCCUUGCCGAUAGUUGCUUUCCUCUAAAUAAGGGUCAAUCAGCAAGCCGUCUGCAUGAAUUUUUCUUGCGUCAAUUUUGUGAUGCUCACACAUGUGCUGGAGGGAAAAAGCCAUUUUCUAGAGGGGGCAAGAAGGAGUCGAGUGUAUUCUACCUAGCUGUUUGCAUAUUAGUUGUGAUGCUGCUACCUUUGUUCUAUACUGUGGUUUACUUGCAACAAAGGGAGAUGAAUAAGGGUGUACAGGUUCUGAAGCGCAUUUCAAAACCUGGUCUAAAGACGAAGCCCUCUUAGUUGUUUUUUUAUUUCUCUGACUUUUGCAAGCCAAUACUCUAUACAUUUGAACUUUCUGGGCUGAGAGUGCUGAUAUGAAGCUGCGGUUAACACCUUUUGCUAUGAAUCAAGAUGCAAAUAUACUUGUGAGCUGGGCAAGUCUACUAAACUUUUUUCAAGUUACAAGGCUUCACCUUUCCUUUCAGUCCAGAGUUUCUUGACCAUUUUCAAGACCCACAGAUGAGUGUAUUCUUUGGAAAACCAGUUUUUGUUGUAGUUUGAAUUUUUCUUAAGUUAUCCACUAUUAACUGAAACUUAUUUUAGUACAACUUAGUGUGGAGUGAGCAACCUUAUAACUUUUUUGUAUGUGUUUCUUGUCUGUUUCAUAGAUCGAGAUUUGAUCUUGCAAUUGAUGAUGUUCCAUGAGAAUGUUCUUCUAA